AUGGCCGGCAAAGACGAUCCCCAGCCGGAGAUUGCGGCAGUGCCCGUCGAGGAAGCCAUUGAGAUACCGCAACAACACCAAAGGGUUGACACGGGAGAGUAUGAGAGCAAGCAAGACAUUUCGCACGUCGAACAGGCCAUCUCAGCCCCCGAUGAUCUCUCCAAGGACAACAUGGAUGUUAGCCGUGUCGACAAAGAAGUCCGAGCAUAUGCUGCUCAUUCUCAGGUGGCAAUCGACGAGGCUACUGAUAAACGUCUCAAAAAUCUGAUCGAUCGCCGUGUGCUCGUGAUCAUGAUCAUCACCUAUUUCCUGCAGGCACUGGACAAGGGAACUAUGUCGUUCUCUGCCAUUAUGGGAAUCAAAACAGAUGCGAACCUGGAGGAUGGGCAAAAGUAUUCCUGGUUAACCACGUGUAUCUACAUCGCUGUUCUCAUUGUCGAGUAUCCAACAAAUUGGAUCAUCCAAAGAGUCCCAAUCGGAAAGUACCUGGGCAUCAACAUCUGCCUCUGGGGUACGGUUUUGGCACUUCAUGCAGCCUGCCACAACUUCGCUGGAUUAGUGGCUGUUCGUACGCUGUUGGGUAUAUUCGAAGCAUGCUGUCAACCUAUUUUCGUGACUCUUUCGUCGAUGUGGUAUAGGAGAGAGGAACAGGCUGCAACGGUGACAUACUGGUACAUGAUGAACGGUGCGCAGCAGAUUGUCGGUGGCCUGUUGGCAUACUGCUUCACCCUGAUUGGGGGUGACAAGGUACUUAAGUCCUGGCAAGCAUUGUUCAUGACCUAUGGAGUCAUCUCUGUUUUCUGGGGACUCUUCGUCAUUUGGUGGAUGCCGGAUUCGCCCAUGCGUGCGAAGUGUUUCAGCGAGGAAGACAAACGCCUUAUGGUCGAGCGACUCCGUGCCAACCAGACAGGUAUCCAGAACAGGAAGUUCCGGUCAUACCAAAUGUGGGAGGCAUUCAGCGAUCCCCAGAUGUGGUGCUAUUGUGCUGUUCAGGUGUUCACUACACUUCCCACCAGCGGCCUGGGUGCCUUCUUCGGAAUUGUCAUUUCGAGCUUUGACUUCACCGUUCUGCAAACUCAGUUGCUGGCUAUGGUUCUUGGUGUCUAUAUUAUUGCAGUCCUUUUGUCAUCUGCAUGGCUGGUAAACAGAUUCAAACAGAACACGAUCGUGAUGUUGUGCUUCAUCAUUCCGUCUCUCAUUGGAACAAUCGUCCUCAUGACAGUCGAGAAUACCACUUUAGCUACGAAAGUGGGACUUCUCAUCAGUUACUACAUCACAAUGUCAUUCUGGUCAGCGCAAACGCUCACUUUGUCCAUGGUGUCACGAAAUAUCGCCGGCCAGACCAAGAAGGCCACUGUAGUCGCAGCGACAUUCGUUUCAUGGGCUACUGGCAACGCUAUCGGCCCUCAAGUCUUCCUUGAUAAAGAUGCCCCACGGUACCACAUUGCCUGGAGUGUCCACCUGGCGUGCUACAUCUGUAUGAUUCUCGCUGUCAUCUAUCUCCGCUUCCACCUCAAGCGCGAGAACGCAAAGAAGGACAAAAUCGUAGCUGAGGCAGGGCUCAGUGCAGCCGACCCGAGUCUUGUUCAUGCAUUCGAGGACAAGACAGAUCGCGAGAACUUGAACUUCCGCUACGUCUACUAG